AUGUUUGAAUCAUUAGUAGCCAAUUUACUAAAUAGAUUCUUAGGAUCAUAUCUAGAAAAUUUUGAUCCAAAACAAUUAAAUAUUGGAAUAUGGGGUGGAGAUGUGAAACUUAAGAAUUUAAGAUUAAAGAAGGAAAGUUUAGAUAGUUUUAAAUUGCCAAUUGAUGUUAAGUUUGGACAUCUUGGAGAGUUGACAUUACAAAUUCCAUGGUCUAAUCUUAAAUCGAAACCUGUCAGAAUCAUAAUUGAAGAUUUGUAUAUAUUGGCAUCCCCUAUAAUAUUAGAAAAUGAUGAUGAUGAGGAAGAAGAAAUACGAGCUCAGAAUUUGAAGAGAGAAAGAUUGAGUCAAUUAGAAACUAGCUUAGAAGCACAACAGCAGAAUAAGGAUUUAGCUGAUGAAUUGUCAGGGAAUGAAUCAUUUACUGAAUCUUUGAUUACCAAGAUUGUUGAUAAUUUACAAGUUACUAUAAAGAAUAUUCAUAUUCGAUAUGAGGAUGAUAGCGUAUUGGCAGAAACUCCUUAUGCUAUUGGAUUAACAUUACAAGAAUUAUCAGCAGUAUCUACUGAUGAAAAAUGGGAACCUUCUUUUAUUUCAAUAACUAAAGCACUUACUCAUAAAUUGUUAACUUUAAAGAAUUUGUCAUGUUAUAUGAACACCAAAUUGACAUCAACUACUUCAAUAUAUACAGAGGAUAAAUCCCGAUUAUUAAGAUCUUUUAAGAAAGGAAUUGAAUAUGAUGAUGAUAUAACCAUAGAAUAUCUUCUUAAGCCAGUAUCAGGAAGUGGGAAAUUAACAGUUCAUAAACCAGGUACAACAGAAACUAUCCCGCACAUUAAAGCAGACUUAUUCUUUGAUGAAUUCGGAGUAGAAUUAAACUCUCAACAAUAUCAAGAUAUGUUAUGGACUGCAUCAAAGUUCCAUUGGUAUAUGAGAACAUUUAAAUUCAGGAAAUUACGACCUAAAUUAUCACCAAACGAGGCUCCACGUGCAUGGUUUCAAUAUGCAGCCAAAGCAGUAUAUGACGAGAUUCAUGAAAGAAAUUAUAAAUGGAGUUGGGAUUAUUUUGCCAAAAGAAGAGAUCAAAGAAUAGCUUAUAAGAGAUUAUGGAAAUUGAAGUUGAGUGGGAAAUUAACACAUUCUAAAGAAAUCGAAGAAUUAGAAGAUUUGGAGUGGGAUUUACCAUUUGAAGAUAUAAAGUUUUAUAGAUCAUUGACUAGAAAUGAGUUGAGAGCAGAAAGACAAGACGUUUCGUUAUUUCAUACUGGUUCAACAGACAGCACAAAUUCAAACACACAAGAAAAUAAUUCUGGUGGUGGUUGGUUUUCUGGUUGGUGGUCUUCAGUACCUCCAUCAACGGAUGCAGAAUUAGAAAAGCACGAGAAAUUCGAAAAAGAGACUGAUCCUUCUAAAGAUCCAGAAAAAUUGGGAUUAGCAUUAACUAAAGAACAAAAGAAGGCUCUCUUCGAAGCAAUAGACUAUGAUGAAAACCAAGAAUUGGCAAAUAUUAUAGAUAUUCCUAAAGAUUGGGUAAAGAUGGAAAUUUCAGCUCAAUUAAAUAAAGGGGGAUUGACUAUUAAACAACCAAAUUCUAACUUGGCCGAAAUUAUAUUCGAAGGUUGUCGAACACAAAUAUAUGAACGUCCUGAUUCAUUCCUUACUCGAUUUCAAAUUGAUGAAUUUAGGGUUGAAGAUGGAACUGGAACUACUUUAUACAAACACAUUGUUAGUGUGAAACAAGCACAUUCUCACCUUCAUGAAGAUACUGUGUCUAUAGAUGCUUCAAUUGAAGAAGAUCCAUUUUUCCAAAUAUCAUUUGAAAAUAAUCCACUUGAUGGAUCUGCCGAUUCAAUAUUAUUAGGGAAAUUGAAAUCAAUGACUAUUUUCUAUAAUCCAAAAUUCAUCCAAGAAAUUAUAAAGUUUUUCACCCCUCCUAAGAUUCAUCUUGAUACAGUCGGAGCUAUAAUGAAUGCAGCUGAGGCAACAGUGGAAGGAUUAACUAGUCAAACUAGAAUGGGAUUAGAAUAUGCAUUAGAAGAACAUAAAACUAUAAAUGUGAAAUUAGAUUUACAGGCACCAUUGGUGAUUAUGCCAUUAGAUCCAUCAAGUUUCAAAUCUCCAGUUGCAAUAUUAGAUGCUGGUCAUAUAAGUGUGAUAAGUGAUCUUGUGGAUAAGGAUAGGAUUCAAGAAGUUAAAGAGAAGGAAAGUUAUACUGCAGAUGAUUGGAAGACAUUACAAGAUUUAAUGUAUGAUCAAUUUCAACUUACACUUGAAGAUGCACAAUUUUUAGUUGGACCCAAUAUUAAGUCAACAAUGGAACAAUUGCAUUCUCAAGAAAAUAUACCAAAGAACAAACUGGCAAUGAUGUUGGAUAAAUUUAAUUUUCAAUUUUUACUUGGGGUUUCGAUUUUACCUGAUGCAACCAAUUUAGCAAGGUUUAAGAUUAGUGGUCAUGUUCCGGAUGUGAAUAUAGCAAUCAAUGAUUUUCAAUAUAAAACGGUUCUUCAAAUCCUUGAAAAUGCAAUUCCAAGCACAGAAAUGGAAGAAAGUGAAACUCUGUUGGGUGUGUUUGAUUCACUUGUAGGAAAUUUGAAUAAAAAUGGAGAUAUUAAUGUGGAAGAAGAAUUUGAAAAAUCGGUGAAGAAGUUAGUUACAGAUCCUAAUAGUCAACAACGUCUACUUGAGUUUGAUUUUUCAGUUGGGUCAGUACAUGCUUCUCUUUCUAGAUGUAUCGAUGGUGUUACUUUGGAAGCUGAACCUUUGGUGGAUUUAAUUGGUGAUUCAUUAACUUUGCAUUUCCAUAGAACAAUAAAUGAUAUGCAUGUUGAUUUAUACUUGCUGGAUAUUAAUCUUGUGGAUUAUAUUGAAAAAUCAGGAAUUCCAGAAUUUCAUAAUUUGAUAUCUUCAUUACCAUCAAGAAGUGGACAAUCAAAACAUUUGCUCGAAGUUAGUUAUGAUAGAAUACAAAGACUUGCGGAAUUUAAUGGGAAAGAAAUUGAAGUAUUUGAUCAAGAUAUAAAGAUCCAACUUGCAACUGUGAAAUUUAUUGUCUCGAGAAAGUCAAUUUUAAGUCUUUUGAAUUUUGUUUUGAAUACAUUUACAGAUCCUGUUGCUGCAGCACCACCGGUAAUUGAAUUGAAUCAGGCAUCUAUAGAAGAUGGAGUUGGACCAGAAAAGAUUAACGUGGAUAUAAGUCUCGACAGUAUUAUUUUAGUUUUGAAUGAAGAUAGUAUGAAGUUGGCUACUAUUGAAUUAAGUCUGGCUCAUUUUGAUGUGUUGGUAUUACCUGAAUUAUUGGAUGUGAAAGGGAAAUUGGGUGCAUUUACGGUGCUUGAUGAGAUUAACCAGGGAUCACCUCCAGAUUCACCAUUAAGGAAUUUAAUUCACAUGAAAGGAAAUAAUUUGGCUGAAUUUUCUUAUAUAAUGUAUGAUCCACUCACUAAUAAAAGGCCAAUCUCUUCAAUUAUUGAUAUCAAAACUGGGGCAAUGACAAUUAAUUUUGUGGAAAGUUCAUUCAAUCGAAUUUUGGCUUAUUUGAAUCAAUUCCUUAGAAUGAAGGCUAUAUAUGAUAGUGCUAGAGAGGCUGCUAUUAAUCAAGUUGCUCAAAUUCAAGAUAUAAAUACUAUUAAAUUUAAUCUAUUGGUAGAAGCUCCAACGAUUGUUUUUCCUUCAUUUAUGAAUGGGUUUGAGAAAUGUAAUAAGUUAGUGGCUAACUUGGGUGAAAUUUAUGCAUACAAUGAAUUUAAAGAUUUAGCAAAUUGCAUUGAAUUUGGAAUUAGGAAUGUUAGUCUCAUGUCUCAAUUAUAUUUUGAAUCAGUUGAACAAAAGGCAAAAAUAGUCCAAGGGUUAGAUAUUGCAUUUGAUGUAAAGUAUAUCGCUGAAUAUGUACCAGAGACUCCUUCAUUUGUUGUUAAUGGAAAAACUCCCGAAUUGAAUUUGAGCUUGACAGAAUUACAAGCAAAGAUUUUAAUUCAACUUUCAGAGUCUAUAACAAGAGCUUUUACAUUUGAAGAAAAUGAAAAUUUGGAAGAUAUUGAAGAAGAGGCUGCAUUUGCCAACGAAGUACUCAAACAUAAUACUCAAUUAGUUCAAGGUGAACAACAAAACACUGAAAAUGAGAAUUUCAAAGACGCAAAUGAGACUAUCAUUUCGCCUGAUCAUAAAUUGUUGCUGUUAAACUUUGAAAUACCGCGUGUUUCCCUAGUGAUUUUUAAUGGUACAUCUGGAGUUGUUGAUUUGGAUCCAAGAAGGUUGUCUUCAUUUACGGUCAACAAGGUUACAUUAGAGCUAGACAUGAACCAAGAAACUCAUUUGAAUGCAAAUUUAACUGUGAAAUCAUUUGUCGUGGAAGAUGUCAGAAAGGAUACAACGAGUAAAUUUCCGAUCCUUAUACCAGCUGCAGAAGGAGUUGAGAAUCAGUUUGUUUUACAGGCAACAACAGAAGGUGCAAAAGAUCGUAAGCAUAUGACAGUGUUAUUGAAAGUGGAAAAACCGAAGACAAUCCUUGCACUUGAUUAUAUAUUUGAAUUGCUGACCUUUUUCAAUAAAGCUAUGCCACAACCUACGGAGAAAGAAGUGUUACCUGAACAUUACGCAGCACUGAAGAGUUCAAAGAGCUUUCAUUCGAGACAUGAUCAGAGAAGAAAAUCAGUAUCAUCUAUGAUAAGUCAACUAUCAUCCCCAUCGCUGGCUCCUGCAGCGGAAAUGACUAUCGGAUAUUCCUUAAACAUCAUUGAACCAUCUGUAAUCUUGCUUGCAGAUGAUGCGAGAGAGGACACAGAGGCAGUUGUAUUCAAGACUGAGCAAAUAUUGAUAGCAAGUCAGAACAUUAUCUCAUUAGCUGCUAAUAAUAUUGGAAUGUAUUUAACGCAGAUGAAUGACUUUGACACUACAACGUAUAGAAUAAUUGAUGAUUACUCCAUAUCAUUUUCCUAUGAUUCCCGCGGUUCUACGCCUACUAAUGUUGUUGCUAAUAUACAAGCUUCUGUUGAUGCAUUGGUACUUAGAGUGUCACUUCGUGACAUUAGACUUGCUUUGAAUAUUCUAAAUCGUGCCAAUCAUCUAUAUUCAAAAGCUCAAGGAAUAGAGCUGAGUUCGAGUGACGAGGGAGAUAAUAAACUUUCUGUGGAAUUUAAGAGACGAUUAUCUCAAUAUGCUCCAAGUAUUGUAUCUACCCUUAGCCAUGAUGAGUCUUUGCAUAGAGAGGAGGUGCAGAAGGUAGUCGAUGUUUUGAAGAAUGAAGAAAUGAAUGUCGCAAUUGGUGGUGUGAGAUUUGUUUUAAUCGGGGAUGUUUCUGAAUUGCCGGUACUUGAUAUAAAUGUGAAACCAUUUGAAGUACAUGCUGCCAACUGGUCAACCAAUCUUACUGCAGUGGUACACUUUGAACAGUAUGUGAAUAUAUUUAAUUACUCAAGAUCAUCCUGGGAACCAUUGGUUGAACCUUGGCCCAUUUCAGUUUAUGUAUCCAAAGCCGAACAUCCGAAACCAAAGUUGCUUAUCGAAGCGGUAUCAAAACAACUUUCUGAAAUAACUGUAACAUCAAGAUCUGUUGCCUUAUUAUCACAAAUUUCCGACUUGCUUACAACAGAUCAAAAAUUAAAACCAAGGGGUCAAGACAAUCCAUAUGUAAUUGUUAAUGAAACUGGAUAUGAUUUACAGAUUUGGUCAGAAGAUGAUGAUGUGGUAGGAAGUAAGAAAGAAGUGAAAUCAAAUGAAAGUGUGCAGUGGGCAUUUGAGGAUUGGAGAAAGAUUCGUGAAAAUUUAGAUGCGGAUAAUGCAGGAAGACUAGGAAUUUCAUUUGUGGAUUCACCUUAUGAAGAUUUACGGAAUGUUUCUGCAACAAAUGAGGGUGAGAAUUUACAUAUAUUAUAUCCUCCUAUAGAUGGAGUACACAAUAGGUUGUCGGUGGAGACUAUUUUAAGGGAGGAUAACAUCAAAGAAAUUAAACUCAAAUCAACUGUAGUGGUGGAAAACGACGCGGAUAUUCCUAUAGAGGUAGAAAUAACUUAUGGUGUUCUGAAGAAGUCACAGAUAAUUAUACAAUCAAAGAAAUGUCAAGCAUUGCCAAUUGAUCUGGUCUAUACUGGAAUGGUUAGAGUUCGUCCUCAUAUUCAUACACCUUAUGGAUGGUCCGAUGAGUCACUUUAUUGGAAGGAUCUUUUGAAAGGGGGUGCUUCUUUGAGGUGUCCUGCACAAACUAGAGACGAUUCGUCUGUUUAUUAUUUCCAAACCGAGGCAGCUUUUAAUAAAGAAGAGUUAUUAGGUAGAAUAUAUCCUCAUUUGCAUUUGGUUAUCUCAAGUCCAUUAGAAAUUGAAAAUUUGUUGCCAUAUGAUAUCGAUUAUAGAUUGUAUGAUAAAAAUUCUAAGCGAGAUUGGAUAGGACUGAUUAAGAAAGGUGUAAAGAGUUAUGUUCAUGUUGUUAGUUUGGAUAAUUUGUUAUUAUUAAGUGUUGUUCCUCGUGACAGUGGAUAUGAAAGAUCUGAAUUUGCAAUCAUAAAUCGUCCCCACCUGAGUGAAUUUAAAAGAGAAAAUGUUAUAACGUUGAGAGAUAAGCAAAACAAUAUUUUAAAGUUGCGUAUUUAUUACCCAAGAAAGAAGCAGGAUAGUUCAAGUUUAAAGAUUGUGUUGUAUUCACCUUAUGUCAUCGUUAAUAAGUCCAAAUUAAAUCUAGUGGUAAACGAAAGUGGAAGCACAAACAAGGUAUAUCUUCCAGGUAAGUCAGUGUCAAACAAGCAAGCUCCCAUUAUGUUUUCAUUUGAUAGAUUUGGGGAUAGAAAAAACAGAGCAAAGAUUAGAGCUGAGAAUUCAAUGUGGUCUGAACAGAUGAGUUUUGAUGCAAUUGGUCAGUCAAGUGAAGUGAAGUUGAGAAUGAUGGCUAAACAAGUUGAAGAUAACUUAGGUGUGACUAUACUGGAAGGUGAAGGAAAAUACAACUUGUCAAAGGUGGUCACCGUUGCACCUCGUUAUGUUUUGAUAAAUAAACUUGAUGACGAAUUAUGUAUUGUUGAAAGUGGAACUACAAAGCAACAAAAUUUAAGUCCAGGACAAUUAUUGCCAUUUUAUGGUUUAAGAUCUAUAGAUAAUAGGAGUAUUUUGGUUAAAUUUUCUCAUGGAUCAAAAUCUUUUUCACCUGCAUUCGGUAUUGAUGAUGUUGGACAAUUGUUUAUCAAGGUUUUUAAGAAUAAUAUUGGACAAGUGUUAGUGAAAGUUAAUAUAUUAUUAGAAAAUGGAACAAUAUAUAUCAGUUUAGAGAAUGGAAACAAUGAAUGGCCCUUUUCAAUUAGAAAUUUCACAGACGAAGAGAUUUACAUUUAUCAAAAUGAUCCAAAUAUAAAUGCUACUGGAGAACAAGUUAGACAUGACACACCUUACAAGCCAAUUUACUAUAAAGUUCCUGCCAAAAGUGUGAUGCCUUACGCAUAUGAUUACCCUAAUGCUAUUAUAAAGGAGCUUAUUGUUAGAGCUCAUGGAAGAGAGCGUGCUGUUAAUUUAGCAGAAAUUGGAAAUUUGAAACCAUUUAGAUUACCGCCAACUGUUGAUGCCCAGCAAACUAUUGUUGAUCUUAAUGUGGUUGCAGAUGGACCCACCCAAUCGUUAGUCAUAACAAAAUAUGAUCCAGCUAAAAGUCUUUAUAAAUUACAGGCAGGAGGAGCAUCAUCUUCAACUGCAAAUGUUUCUACCACUAAUGGAUACUUUAAACCUGUGGAAGCUACUGAGAAUUAUCAUACCAAGAUAGUCACGAAAUUUGAAGGGUUUGGAAUCUCAUUGGUGAAUACGAAGAACCAAGAAUUGUGUUAUAUUACAUUGAAAGGAUUAGAGUUGAGAUACAAUGAAUCAGAUUUAUACCAAACUUUUAGUAUGAAAUUAAAAUGGAUACAAAUAGAUAAUCAAUUAUAUGGAGGUAUUUUCCCAAUAAUUUUGUAUCCAAGUGUUAUUCCAAAGGCUGGUAACGAAUUGAGUAAUCACCCUGCGUUUUCUACCUCGGUUUGUAGGGUCAAAGGUGACUCUCAUGGGGUUAUGUUUAUAAAGUAUGCCACGAUUUUGUUGCAAGAAAUGACAUUUGAAAUAGAUGAAGACUUUUUAUUUGCAUUGUUAGAAUUUUCAAAAUUCCCAGGAGCAGCAUGGAACAAACAACAUAUAGAUAGAUUAUGUGAAGAUGGCAGAGAGAUUAAGGAACCAGAAAGACUUGCUGAAAGUAAUGAUGUUUAUUUUGAAGCUUUGCAUUUACAACCAAUCAAAGCUAAUAUAUCAUUUGUCAGAACCGAAAGAAUAAAUGCUGAAGAUAAAGGGUCUUCCCAGAAUACCUUGAUGUUUUUCUUUAAUGUUUUGACAAUGGCAAUUGGAAAUAUUAAUGAUGCACCUAUUAAAUUAAAUGCUUUAUUUAUUGAGAAUAUAAGAGUUCCAAUUCCGAUAUUGAUGGAUUCAGUACAAAUUCAUUAUAGUCAGGCCUUCUUUUAUCAAUUACAUAAUAUUUUAGGGUCAGCUGACUUUUUGGGUAAUCCAGUUGGGUUAUUUAAUCAAAUUUCUUCCGGAGUGCUUGAUAUUUUUUAUGAACCAUAUCAAGGGUUUGUUUUGAAUGAUAAUCCACAAGAAUUAGGAAUUGGCAUUGCAAAAGGUGGAUUAAGUUUCUUAAAGAAAUCAGUGUUUGGAUUUUCAGAUUCCUUAGCUAAAGUUACUGGAUCUAUUGCAAAAGGGUUAACUGUUGCCACUAUGGAUCAAAAGUUCCAAGAAAGACGUAGAUUAAAUACCAAGAGAAAUAAACCCAAGCAUGCCUUAUAUGGGUUUGCAUCUGGGGCCAAUUCAUUUAUUGAUUCAAUUGCAUCUGGUGUUACUGGUGUAGCUACUGCUCCAAUUGAAGGUGCUGCCGAAGAAGGGGCAGUUGGAUUCUUUAAAGGUCUUGGAAAAGGUGUGAUUGGAUUACCUACUAAAGCAGCAAUUGGGAUUUUUGAUUUAGCAUCGAAUGUCAGUGAAGGGAUUAAGAAUACCACUACUGUAUUUGAUAAUGCUGAAUUGGAUAAAGUUAGAUUACCAAGAUUUAUACCUCCAAAUUCUAUUAUUAAGCCAUAUUCUGAACGAGAAGCGAAAGGACAAUUUUGGAUGCAUAACAUUGAUGGUGGGAUUUUUUAUAAUGAAACAUAUGUGGCUCAUUUGGUGCUUGCAGGAGAUGAGAUGGCUGUUUUGGUAACAUAUAAGAAGAUAUUAUUGUUUGAUAUUACCGAAUUGAAAAGAAAAUGGAUGAUUAACUUUGAUCAAAUUAAAUCCAUUAGUGUUGAACCAACUGGGUUAUUAAUUGAAUUGAAAACAAGAAGAGGUCCAUUUAUUCCAAUUCCUGAUAAAUCCAAUAGAAAUUUCUUGUAUUCGAAGAUUGCAAUUGCUGUUCAAGAAUUCAACAAGCAUUGUCAAGUAGUUCUUUAG